AGUGGCGUUUCAAACCCGGAAUUGCUGCCUCAUUGCGUCAGAUUGCUAGAGUGGCGUGAGUAACUUCAAGCGGCGUGCAGCGUUUUGACCGGCUGUCGUCUUUCAUAGUUUCUUUACUUUACAGCGAUGGCCACUCUUUAUGUGUCCCCCCACCCGGAUGACUUCCGAAGCAUCCUGGCUCUCCUUGCUGCAGAGGCAUCGCCGUCCUCUAAUGUCAAGAUCGUCACUGAUACUCCCCCCACCGCUCUCUGCUCCCGCUCGACACCGGCUUUGGUGCUGGCUGCGGGAGAUGGCGGUACCGUGCUGAGCGGCGCCAACGCCGUGGGCUGGUACCUGGCCUCGCUUGGGAAGAAAGCCGGCGUGGAUGUCAAACAGCAGAGCGAGGUGUGGCAGUGGCUCAGCUUCGCCGACAACGAGCUAAUCCCAUCGUCUUGUGCUGUCGUUUUCCCUCUCAUGGGUGCGACGCUGGAUAAAAAGCUCCAGCAGACUUCGCGGGUUGAGCUGUUGCGCAUCCUGAAGGUUCUGGAUAAGAUGCUGGAGCCAAAAACAUACCUCGUAGGAGAGAGCAUCACCCUUGCUGACAUGGCUGUAACCUCCGCUCUACUUCUACCCUUCAAAUAUGCUUUGGAGCCUAACGACAGGAUGGCGUUGACCAAUGUUACCAGAUGGUUCACCACUUGCAUCAACCAACCCCACUUCAUCAAAGUGCUGGGGAAAAUCACACUGUGUGAGAAGAUGGCGCCGGUGAAAACAAACAUUGAGGCGAGAACGAUUCACAGUGCUCCUGCUGCUGCUAGUGACAGUGCCAGAGACACGACAGCACCCACGCUUAAUGGGCCGCCAAAGACAGAAGCCCAGUUGAAGAAGGAGGCAAAGAAGAGGGAAAAGCUCGAGAAGUUCCAACAGAAGAAGGAGAUGGAGGCAAAGAAGAAGACACAGCCAGCAACUGAGAAAAAAGCCAAACCUGAGAAGAAGGAGUUGGGAGUCAUUUCAUACAACAUUCCUACUCCCUCUGGAGAGAAAAAAGAUGUCGUCAGUCCACUCCCUGACUCGUACAGUCCUCAGUAUGUGGAAGCUGCCUGGUACCCCUGGUGGGAGAAGCAGGGAUUUUUUAAGCCGGAAUAUGGGAGGCAAAGUAUCAGCCAUCCAAACCCCAAAGGCAUCUUCAUGAUGUGCAUACCUCCACCCAAUGUGACCGGAUCCCUUCACUUGGGUCACGCCCUCACCAACGCCAUCCAGGAUUGCCUGACUAGAUGGCACCGAAUGCGCGGCGAGACAACCCUGUGGAACCCGGGCUGCGACCACGCCGGCAUUGCCACUCAGGUGGUGGUGGAGAAGAAACUGAUGAGGGACAAGGGCAUGAGCCGACACGACCUGGGCAGGGACAAGUUCAUCGAGGAAGUGUGGAAAUGGAAGAACGAAAAGGGUGACCGCAUCUACCACCAGCUGAAGAAGCUGGGCUCCUCUUUGGACUGGGACCGAGCGUGCUUCACAAUGGACCCUAAACUUUCUUACGCAGUGCAGGAAGCGUUUAUCCGCAUGCACGAAGAGGGGGUGAUCUACAGGAGCAAAAGGCUGGUCAACUGGUCCUGCUCGCUCAACUCCGCCAUCUCUGACAUUGAGGUGGACAAGAAGGAGCUGACGGGCAGAACGCUCCUACCUGUACCAGGUUACAAAGACAAAGUGGAGUUUGGCGUCUUGGUGUCAUUUGCUUAUAAAGUGGACGGCUCAGACGAGGAGGUGAUUGUGGCGACCACUCGUAUCGAGACAAUGCUGGGUGACACAGCUGUGGCAGUGCACCCCGAUGACUCCAGAUACCAACAUCUGAAGGGCAAGAUGGUGUCUCACCCCUUUUGUGACCGCAAGAUGCCUGUCGUUUUUGAUGACUUUGUGGACAUGAGCUUUGGAACAGGUGCUGUAAAAAUCACACCCGCUCACGAUCACAACGACUACGACGUGGGCGUGCGCCACAACCUGCCCUUCAUCAACAUCCUGGAUGAGAACGGCCUGCUCAUUAACGUGCCCCCUCCUUUCUUGGGCAUGAAGCGUUUCGAGGCCAGGAAAGCAGUGUUGGAGGCACUCAAGGACAAGGGGCACUUUAAAGAGGUCAAAGACAACCCCAUGGUGGUGCCAGUAUGCAGUCGUUCCAAGGACAUCGUGGAACCCUUAUUGAAGCCGCAGUGGUAUGUCAACUGCACAGACAUGGGCAAACAGGCUGCAGACGCUGUCAGAGAUGGACGCCUCAAAAUUAUCCCCGACCAUCACCUCAAGACUUGGUUCAACUGGAUGGACAACAUAAGGGAUUGGUGCAUAUCCCGGCAGCUGUGGUGGGGUCACCGCAUCCCCGCUUACUUCAUCACUGUCAAUGAUCCCUCCGUGAAACCAGGAGAAGAUGUUGACGGUCAUUACUGGGUGAGCGGGAGAACAGUCGAGGAGGCCAGAGAGAAGGCGGCGAAGCGCUUCAAUGUGACUCCUGAUAAAGUUACACUCAGACAAGAUGAAGAUGUUUUGGACACUUGGUUCUCAUCCGGCAUUUUCCCCUUCUCCAUUUUCGGCUGGCCUAAUGAGACGGAAGACCUGAACGUGUUCUACCCCGGCACCUUGCUUGAAACGGGUCACGACAUCCUCUUCUUCUGGGUGGCUCGCAUGGUGAUGAUGGGCCUCAAACUAACCGGCAAGCUGCCCUUUAAAGAGGUUUAUCUGCACGCCGUCGUGAGGGACGCCCACGGAAGGAAGAUGAGCAAAUCUCUGGGCAACGUCAUCGACCCGCUUGAUGUCAUUACCGGAAUCUCCCUGGAGGGUUUGCAUGCACAACUCACUUACAGCAACUUGGAUCCGGUGGAAGUGGAGCGAGCCAAGCAGGGACAGAAGUCUGACUACCCCAACGGCAUUCCGGAGUGCGGGACUGACGCCCUGCGAUUUGCCCUGUGCGCGUACACGAGUCAAGGUAGGGACAUCAAUCUGGACGUCAACCGCAUCCUUGGCUACCGUCACUUCUGCAACAAGCUGUGGAACGCUGUCAAGUUUGCCAUCAAGACACUGGGAGACGCUUUUGUGCCCUCUCAGACCGCCCAGCUGCGAGGCGACGAGGGCGUCACCGACCGAUGGAUUUUAUCCCGUUUGAGUGCUGCCGUCUCAUCGUGCGACGCCGGUUUCAAGGCGUACGACUUCCCCGCCAUCACCACCGCCAUCUAUAACUUCUGGCUCUACGAACUCUGCGACGUCUACCUGGAAAGCGUGAAACCCGUUUUCAGUAACGCCGGGGACGAGAAACAAGCCGAGGUGUGCAGGCAGACCUUGUACACGUGCCUGGACGUCGGCUUGCGGCUUCUCGCACCCAUCAUGCCCUUCGUCACCGAGGAGCUCUACCAGAGGUUACCGCGGCGACAGCCUCAGCUGGACGCUCCCAGCGUCUGCGUCACGUCGUACCCCGAUGCCGAAGAGUUCUGCUGGAAUAGCGACGAGGUCGACCGCAACAUGGACUUUGUCAUGAGCGUGGUCAGGACCAUCCGCUCGCUCAGGGCCGACUAUAACCUCACCAAAACCAGAGCUGACUGUUACCUUCAGUGCGCCGACUCGGCCACCGUGUCGCUGGUGGAGACGUGCGGCGUUCAAAUCCAGACGCUGUCGUACUGCCAGGCGGUCGUCCCGCUGAGCGCCGAGCAGCCGGCGCCGUCGGGCUGCGCCGUGGCCAUCGCGUCGGACCGCUGCACCGUCAACCUCAUGAUUAAGGGCCUGAUCGACGUGGACAAAGAGUUGUCCAAGCUGCAGGCCAAGAAAGGCGAUCUCGACAAGAUGAUGGAAAAGUUACAGGAAAAAAUGGCCAAGAUCGACUACAAGGAAAAGGUGCCGCUUAAGGUGCAGCAGCAGGAUGCCGACAAGCUGCGACAGAGUCAGACGGAGCUGGAGAAAGUCAAAGAAGCCAUGGACAACUUUAGCAAGAUGAUUUAACGCAUUGUUGUCUGGAUUUUUUUAGUCACGUUCCAAGUCAAAUCAUUGGAUGAAAUAAAUGAAAUCAUGUGCCCAGUGGUGUGAUUUAAAAAAAAAAAAAAUUUUUUUUUCAUAUGUUCAACAAGAAGUUCCAACUUUGUGGGAAUGCUUUAGAAUUUCUUAACCUUCGUUAAGAGCCCCAUGAGUUGCUCAUGUGCAUUCACGUAACUCCUUUGGAAUUGGGUAAUCAAAUUCAAAACCAAUAUAGUUAAGGUAUCAAGCAAGCUAAUAUCUACAUAAGUGAAUUCCCGUUUAAAUUCUCAUUUUGACAACAUGAUUUUAAACGUUUUUCUUCACAGGUAGAGAUGCCUACGACCAUUUUAUCAUGUACCCAACACUGGCCCAUGUCACAUACAGUGGGGCAAAUAAGUAUUUAGUCAACCACUAAUUGUGCAAGUUCUCCCACUUGAAAAUAUUAGAGAGGCCUGUAAUUGUCAACAUGGGUAAACCUCAACCAACGGAAGCCCAAGGUUUUCUGUAACUCUUCACAAGCUUUUCACACACUGUUGCUAUUUUGCCCCAUUCCUCCAUGCAGAUCUCAUCUAGAGCAGUGAUGUUUUUGGGCUGUCGUUGGGCAACACGGACUUUCAACUCCCUCCACAGAUUUUCUAUGGGGUUGAGAUCUGGAGACUGGCUGGGCCACUCCAGGACCGUGAAAUGCUUCUUACAAAGCCACUCCUUUGUUGCCCUGGCUGUGUGUUUGGGAUCAUUGUCAUGCUGAAAGACCCAGCCACGUCUCAUCUUCAAUGCCCUUGCUGAUAGAUUUUCACUCAAUCUCUCGAUACAUGGCCUCAUUCAUUCUUUCCAUUACACAGAUCUGUCGUCCUGGUCCCUUUGCAGAAAAGGGUUAGGGUUAAUAUUUACCAAAAAGAUUGGUGUUUUGUGUUUUUCAUGUCGCAAAAUAAAUUGAAACU